AUAGACAGAUCUACAGUGGUUUCACUGUGUGUAAUAUUUCUGCUGAGUAAAAUGGCGCUGUUCCGCUGAGGGCGCGUGCCCCUGCUCUUAUGCCUAGGAAACCCCGUGCGCGAGCUGCCAACGCCCGGCGCAGAGAAACAAACAGAGCGGAAUACGAUCUUGAAUGAGAAGAGUGGACUGUUAAACAAAAACAGAGCACAGUUAUGCAGACGAUCAAGUGCGUUGUCGUUGGCGAUGGUGCCGUUGGUAAAACUUGCCUAUUAAUCUCCUACACAACUAACAAAUUCCCCUCUGAAUAUGUACCAACGGUCUUCGAUAACUAUGCAGUCACGGUUAUGAUUGGUGGAGAACCCUACACCCUGGGACUGUUUGACACUGCAGGUCAGGAAGAUUAUGAUAGAUUACGACCUCUGAGUUACCCCCAAACAGAUGUCUUCUUAGUCUGUUUCUCCGUCGUUUCCCCUUCUUCAUUCGAAAACGUCAAAGAAAAGUGGGUACCGGAGAUCACCCACCACUGUCCAAAGACCCCCUUCCUGCUUGUGGGGACGCAGAUCGAUCUGAGAGACGACCCGUCCACCAUCGAGAAACUCGCGAAGAACAAACAGAAGCCGAUCACCCCGGAGACGGCCGAGAAGCUGGCCCGAGACCUGAAGGCCGUCAAGUACGUGGAGUGCUCUGCUCUCACGCAGAAAGGCCUAAAGAAUGUAUUUGACGAGGCGAUUUUGGCAGCCCUGGAACCCCCUGAGCCCAAGAAGAAGCGUAAAUGUGUGCUGCUAUGAGCGCCCUUUUCUUUCUCUCUCCCCUCCUUUCCUCUGCUAAGGCUGGCCAACAGCUUUGUACUCUUAAAAAAGCAAUGCCUAAAAAAAAAAAAGAAGUGAGUUAAAACAUUUUUUUUGCUCUGCAAUAAAUAUAAUCUAAAGAAUACCCUACACACACGCGCACACACACAGGGCUUGGAUCAGUUUUUGAGCUCCGUAUCAUCAUACCAUAGAUUAAGCGAGAUUUACGUUUUAAAGGUGUUACUUCACGGUGAACCGCAGAGAUGUGGAUUUUGUCAUUUAACCAAGUUUUUAACGGCUACUUGCUCACUGAUGCGUGGGGUGGGUGCAGUUACUAGCAUGAGAGGCUAGUAGUUUUGUGAAUCCUCCUGUGUAGUUGGAGUUAAACUUCUAACCUCUACUUUUACACUAGAUUGUCACCAGAAGUGCUUGAAAAAAAAAAAAAUAAAAUAAAAUCCUCUUUCUUUGCCAAUAUCCCCAUGUCGUAGGCGGUUUGAAAGAGUAACCAUGUAAAUAAGAGCAGAUUAUAAAGGACUGAUCACAAAGAAUCGGGUUUUCUCACGCAGGGAACUUUUAACAGUGUUAGCAGAACAAGCGGCGUGUCCUAAUGCAUUGCCAGGGACCACAGAAGCUUUUUUUUUUUUUUCUCAGAAAACUUGUAAUGCAUGGAGGUUUCCUUUACAUAGGUUAACUACUUCUUUAAUUAAUAAUAAUGUAAGCUGACAACAUGUUGUAGACUCCACGUGUUUUUACCAAAAUGUCCCCCUCCUCACCCCCUCUUUUUUUUUUUGUUGUUUUUUUUUGUUUGUUUUUGUUUUUUUUUUCUUUUCUUUAAUGGUUGUCACUUUAUUGUGUUCUUCAUUUAUGGGCCGGAUCCCAGCGAAACACUGAUCCACCUGUUAUUUAAAGGGCGACACACACAAAAAAAAUAAAUAAAUAGUGAUAAAAGAUCAAAUUGAACCUUCGCUUUUCCCCUCAAUGACUUAACGGAACCAUGUUUACUAGUGUAUGAGUUGCCCAGGUGGAUCAAGGUUGAUCUGAUUUCCUGUCGUUUAUCACUCGUUUUGUUUUGUUUUGUUUUCAUUCAGUGUAAGACCAAAUGCUAUGUAUGAAGUCUGUCCUUUGUACUGUAUAUGCAUUCUUUUAAAGAUUAUUAAACUUAUACCUUAAUUGCCUUUA